UUCUGUCAAAAAAUUAAAAACAAAUUCAAAAUUAAAUGUUCUUAACAAAAUAAAACUUGUUACAAAUUUAAUACAAAAAUUGUUUUAAUAUUUAUUUUUUAUUCUAGUUUCUAAGUAGAAUAUAAAAUUAUAUAUAACCAUGGCAUUUUCCGAAUCAUUUGGUUUAGGAAAUAGCACCUUUAUGAAUUUAGAAAGUGAAGUUAAUAAAGCCCUCAAAGUCGAUUCCAAAAAUCCGCCAAAACCAAGUCCAAUGGAUAUAAUUGAUGAAUCGCCAACAAAUUCCAAAAUUAAACCAAAUAAUAAAUCACGUUCUAGACAUCAAGUUAGUAGUUUUGGUGCACAGAGACUAAAAAAAUUCCAUAAAAGUCGAUCUGAUUCGACACUAGAUCAAAAACCAUCGACUUCGAAUCGAUUGAGUAGAUCAAAGAACGAUAAUAAUUGUUCAAAAGAUGAUAACUAUUCAGAAUUUUUUAAAAGCGAAUUUAGUAUAGAACAAAGUCGUGUUAAGCCACCUGACUUUGUUACCACUUCACAAAUUGAAGCGGCAAUUGUAGGAAAUGUUGACAAAGAUCAAAACUCUCCUGAAGCUGGAUUUGGCUUCGAAGAGAGUAAAAUGUUUUCAGAAAUUCUUGCCAAUUUUAAAACCCAACAAAAUGAAGAUGCAAAUAAAUCUGAAGUUUUUGAUUGUCCCGUCUUUUCUGAUGAUAUCCAAGAUUUAUUGAGUGAUAGUAAUCAUUCAUCAAAAAAUGAUAGUCUUGAAUCAAAGAAGAAUGAAAGUUUAAAGAUAUCUAGUUUAUCAGAUGAUGAUUGGAAAGAGUCAUUGCAAUUCUCAGAGUUUCAAGAAGAUUCUCCUGCUUCACCCAAGAAAUCUACUAAUCUUGAUAAAGUUGAAGAAAUAAUAAAUAUUGAUGAUGCCACAUUUAUUUGUCCUGAUGAUGAAGGCAAAGAAUUGGCAGAGAAAACUAUAUUGGAUAUUAAAAAUGAAGUGCAAUUGGCACUUGAAGAAGAAAAAUCCAUUAGUAUGAGAAUGGGAAAUAUAUCUAAUAUCUCAAUUAGUGAGAAAAGUUAUGUUAAAGUUAAUUCACAAUUGGAAAGUGAUCAUCUUUCGGGAAGUAUUAAGUUAAAUCCGAUUAAAUCACCAACAAAGUCAAAUGAACAAUAUGAAAUGAAACCGGAUCUUGAAGAUCUUAAAAGGAUAUCGGCAUGGAAUUUACCUAAAUCGGUUCUCAAGGAAUAUGAAAAGAAACGCAUUAGUAAAAUGUUUGAUUGGCAAAUUGAAUGUCUCAGUAAUCCGAAAGUCUUAUUCGAACACUGCAAUUUGGUAUACAGUGCACCAACAUCUGCUGGCAAAACUCUUGUGAGUGAAAUUCUUUUAAUAAAAACAAUCCUAGAACGAGGGAAAAAGGUCAUCAUUAUCCUCCCAUUUAUUUCGGUUGUACGAGAAAAAAUGUUCUACCUUCAAGAUCUUCUCAUUCCAUCUGGUUAUCGCGUUGAAGGAUUCUUCGGAGGUUAUACACCUCCUGGAGGUUUUGAUAGUAUUAAUGUUGCCAUAUGUACCAUAGAAAAAGCUAAUUCAAUUGUAAACAAAUUACUCGAGCAGGGAAAACUCGAUGAAAUCGGCACUGUAGUAGUUGAUGAAAUUCACUUGAUAUCAGAUCCUGGUCGAGGAUAUAUCUUAGAGUUACUCCUAGCCAAAGUGUUGUACAUGUCAAGAAAAUUUGAUUUAAAAAUUCAAAUUAUAACCAUGUCUGCAACAUUGGCCAAUGUUGAAUUGCUUAAGAAAUGGCUUGAUGCUGAAUUGUAUAUUACCAACUAUCGCCCAGUUGCUUUGCAAGAGAUGAUUAAAAUUGGAACAAAAAUCUACAACAAUAAUUUGGAGUUUAUUCGAGAAUUAGAUACUUCAGAGUUUAAGUCACUGAAAGACUCGGAUCAUGUUGCACAACUAUGCAUUGAAACUCUUUCCGAAGGAUGUUCUGUGGUUGUCUUCUGCCCAUCGAAAGAUUGGUGUGAAAAUUUAAGUGUUCAAUUAGCUGCAGCAAUUCAUACGAUCGGUCGAAGCGGUACAGAUAUAGGCAACAAGCUUAGAUCAAAUAUAAAACGUGAUGCAAUCGAAGAAGUCAAGAAGCAGUUAAAAGAUAUCCCAACUGGUCUUGACUCUGUACUUGAGAAAACAAUUAAUUUCGCGUGUGCCUAUCAUCAUGCUGGCCUAACAACUGAAGAACGCGACAUAAUCGAAGCUUGCUUUAAGAGUGGAGCAUUAAAAAUUAUUGUUGCUACUAGUACGCUAAGUUCAGGUGUUAAUUUACCUGCUAGGCGUGUCAUCAUUAGAUCACCAUUGUUUGGAGGAAAACAAAUGAGUUCGUUGACCUACAAACAAAUGAUUGGAAGAGCUGGACGAACAGGAAAGGAUACUUUAGGAGAAUCAAUAUUAAUAUGUACCGAUAGCAAUGCUCGAAUUGGAAAAGAUUUAGUUUGUGCAGCUUUAAAUCCAAUCUCUUCAUGUUUAGAAAUGGAAAGUAGUACCCAUUUAAAACGAGCCCUUCUUGAAGUCAUUUCAUCUGGUGUGGCUACACAAAAAUCAGACAUUGAAAAUUUUGUUUCUUGUACUCUUCUCAACACUCAAAAGGAAAUCUCUGAAAAGAAUGCUGAAAAUGAUGAUGUCAAUACUAAUCGCAGUUUUAUAUUUGAUUCAAUUGAUUUUCUAAUUGAAUUCGAAUUUAUUCGACUGCAACAUGAUGAAGAGAAAAAUGUUGAUAGUUAUGUUGCAACUCGAUUGGGAAUGGCUUGUUUAGCCUCAUCAAUGCCUCCAACUGAUGGCUUGAUCUUAUUCUCAGAACUUCAAAAAUCUCGUCGAUGCUUUGUCUUGGAAUCCGAAUUACAUGCCGUUUAUCUGGUCACUCCCUACUCCGUUUGCUAUCAAUUGCAAGAAUUAGACUGGCUUAUGUACCUCGAUCUUUGGGAAAAACUAUCUCCAGCAAUGAAAAAAGUAGGAGAACUUGUUGGGGUGAAGGAAUCUUUUCUAGUUCGUGCAAUGCGAGGACAAACCAAACUGGACUAUAAACUUAUGCAAAUUCAUAAAAGGUUCUACACUGCUUUGGCACUUCAGGAACUUGUUAAUGAAACUCCAGUAAACACGGUUGCAGUCAAAUACAAAUGUAAUCGUGGUAUGCUUCAAAGUCUCCAACAAAUGGCCUCCACUUUUGCUGGUAUUGUUACUGCAUUUUGUAAUUCAUUAAAUUGGACAAUGCUUGCAUUAAUAGUUGGCCAAUUCAAAGAACGUCUAUUCUUUGGUGUUCAUCGUGAUUUAAUUGAUUUAAUGCGUUUACCAGAUUUAAAUUAUAAAAGAGCUCGUGUGCUUUUCGAUUCAGGCAUUCAGAGUCUCAUUGAUUUAGCUAAUGCUGAUGUCUUUACUGUAGAAAAGGUUUUACACAACAGCUUGAGUUUUGAUACAGCAAAAAAGUUAGAAAAUGAGAAUGAUUAUGAGAAUAAUCAAAGAAAUAACAUUCGAAAUCUUUAUAUUACCGGAAAAGCUGGACUUAGUGUUAAAGAUGCUGCUAAAAUGCUUGUUGAUGAAGCACGGCAAUUUGUCCAAUAUGAAAUUGGUGGUGGAAAUAUCAAUUGGAGUCAAGAAAAACAGAACGAAGACGGAAAUAAAAAUGAUGGUAGUAGUUUGGAGAGGUCUAAAGAUAAUACCAAUCUAAAGAGAAAAUCUACUGAAAGCUCUGGAAAUUCAUCGCCACCUAAAAUUAAGAAAAUCGAUAAAGAUGUGCAAAAUGGUACUUCUAAGGCACUUUCCAGGGAACCCUCAUCAAGUGGUAUUCAAAACCUGGGUAAAAAUCGGGAAAAGAAUGAAGAGAAAAGUAAGGAUCAGACCGAUAGUAGAGCGGAACGGAAUCCUGCAAAGAUUUCAAGUUCUAGCAGUGGUACAAGUACACGAGGCAUAAGAAGCAUCACAAAAGAGAAAUCUUCUGAACUUAUUAAACAGCAAAAUGGUAGAAUCAGCCCGAUUACCAAUCCCAUUCAAAAGAAAGUUUCAACACCGUUGAAGAAGAAGAGGGAAGACCAUACAAAGGAAAAUCGUCUACCAUCAGAAGGAACAUCUGUUAACCCUAAAGCCAAUAAUGCAGCAAAUUCCAAUCAUAAUAACGAGAUUCCAGUAGUCAGCAGAACAUCUACUGUAGAAUGUAAAACUUCCAAACCCUUGGCUGAUAAUAGGGUACCCACAAAUCAUGGAAAACCUGAAAAACCAGAAUCUAAAUCAAAUGAACAAAUUCCUUCUUACUCUAACGACAAAGUCAAAUUAAUAAAGGCCAACAGCAAACAAGAAGAAAAGCAUUCCAAACCAAUAGAAGACCCAAGUAUUAAAAAUCGAAUAAACAAAGAAAAGCUACAACCACCUCCAGUGAUCAAGGUCCAAGAAAUAAAAAAGAAACAGAAUACUGUGAAAUCCAAUAUCCCUCCAUCAGUCCGGCGAAGUCCUCGCAACCAUUUGCCCAGUUCAACAAGAAUUGAAAAGUCUCAUGAAAAAUCUGCAACAAUCUGCCAUGAAGAUGAUCUCUUCAUGGAUGAUAGUUCUUUUGAAAUGAAUUCGGCAAUAACAAAUGCAAUGGGAGACAAGAAAAAUGAUAAACCCCAAAGAGCUUCUCUCAAUAAAAGUUCAGAUGAAAUCGCUGCAUCUCAAGAGGAGACGGUUUUCCAACCAAAAACACAAAGUACUCGUUUAUUGAGAUCAUAUAGAGAACGACCAGAUCAGAAAACUCCUACUAAACGAACACCUUUGAGAAGAAAAACUGAAGAAGAUCUAAAAUUGUCCUCUCCUCCUGGUCCAUCACGUCAAUUAUCACCACCCAAACAGAAAGAACCACAACAAACAAAUAAAUCAAAUACUUUGGAAGUUUCUGAUUUAUCAUUAGGAAAUUCUUUAAUGCAAAAUCCAAUUCAAUUAAAUUCCUCACAUAUUUUGAGUUCAUCUAAAGUUGAUCCAGAUGCUUUGUCUUUGAAUUGUAUACAAAUUGUAGACAUUUGUGGAAGUGUGAUGUUAUUUAAAAAUGCCAUCAAAGAAUUAAUGGAAGCUAAGACAAUUGGUUUUUCAAUUGGUUUGGAGAAACAACAAAGUAAACAAAAACCAUUGAUUGGUUCGAAUUUGUUGAUUAAUCAAAUUGGUUCUAAAGAAAAUAAUAAAAAUAACAGAGAAGCAGAAAUGGAUUUUCAAGUUGAUGAUUCGUCGUAUGUGUCAGGAGUUUCGAUGGUUAUUAGUGAGAAUUUUGCAUUUUAUUUGAAUUUACAAAUUGAAAAUACUGGCAAAGGAGUUACGAAAGAUAUGAAAAUUGAAGCUGUAAGAGAGUUUUGCAAAAAUAGUGAAUUAACAUUGCAAAUAUUUGAUGCGAAAGAGCAAUUAAAAGUUUUGAAACAAAUUAUGCCAGAUAUUGAUGAAAUACAAUGUAAAAUUGAAGAUCCAAAAGUAGCAAAUUGGCUGUUGCAACCGGAUCAUAUGAUGAGCAUGGUGAAUUUGGCUCAACAAUUUGCGCCAGAAUGUAAAGCCUUUGUUAAACUAACCGGAAGUAGUCGUGGAUACAACAGCAUCGGUUUAGAUUUGAGUAGUGCCAUAUUUGGUAAAAUUCGAUCAUCCAUAGAAGCAUGUGUAACAAUGCACAUUUUAAAAGGACAAAUUGAGAAUCUACAACGAAUUGGAACUGGACAACUACAUAAAUUCUUUAUUGAAUUGGAAAUGCCUCUCCAAAUGUCUUUGUGUGAAAUGGAAAUUUAUGGAUUCCCAACAAAUGAAUCUCAUUUGCGAAAACUCUUCCAACAAAUGAUGGACACAAUGAAGAAACUCGAAACGAAAAUCUAUGAAACUCAUGGAUCUAAAUUUAAUUUAGGUUCAGCAUCUGCUGUUGCAAGAGUCGUAGGUUUACAUCGCAAAGCCAAUGGUCGUAUUUCGACGUCUAAACAGAUUUUAGAAAAAAUAGACUCACCAAUUGCUCAGAUGAUUGUCAUUUACAGAAAAUUAAGUGUUACUGUGACGAAGACAAUCCAACCCUUAUUACGAUGCAUAGUCGAUAAUAGAAUAAGAAGUAAUAGCAUAACAUUUACAAGCACUGGGAGAAUCUCCAUGCAGGAACCAAAUUUGCAAAAUGUGGCUAAAGACUUUGAAGUCACAAUUGGUUCUUCUGAAAAGAUCAAAAUUUCAUGUCGUAGUUCCUUUUCCCCGCCAAAUGGCCGAUGUUUAGUAUCUGCCGAUUUCUGUCAACUAGAAAUGAGAAUCUUAGCUCAUUUAUCACAGGAUCCUCCACUUUUACAAGUAAUGAAUUCAGAGAAAGAUGUCUUCACAGCCAUUGCAGCAAAGUGGAAUAAAGUCACAGAGAAUAGUGUCUCUGAAGAACUUCGAAAUGGCACCAAGCAGAUUUGCUAUGGAAUUGUUUAUGGCAUGGGUAUGCGAGCUCUGGCUGAAUCAUUAAAAUGCAAUGAACAAGAAGCCAGAACAGUUUCGGAACAAUUUCAUGCUGCAUAUCCUGGAAUCCGUCAAUAUACAGAAAAAGUAAUGAAAUACGCUCGUCAACAUGGAUAUGUUGAAACAAUAACAGGACGAAGAAGAUAUUUAGAAAACAUUAAUAGCGGUGAAUCCCAGUUAAAAAGCCAAGCUGAACGACAAGCUGUAAACUCAACAAUUCAAGGAUCAGCUGCUGAUAUAGCAAAAAGUGCAAUUUUGCGUAUGAAGAAAAACAUUGCAAAAUAUCGUGAAAAAAUUGGUUUAACAAGUCGUUGUGUAAAUUUGGUUUUACAUUUGCAUGACGAAUUAAUAUUUGAAGUUCCUGAAGAUAAAGCUAAAAAAGUUGCCAAAGUCUUAAGCAUUACAAUGGAAAAUUGUGUUCGACUAAGUGUUCCAUUGAAAGUUAAACUUAAAAUUGGGAAAUCGUGGGGUGAUUUGCGAGAAGUUAAGUUAUAAGUUAGUUUUUU